AAGGGGGUGGGGGCGGUUGAACUGAUCAAGUAUAGGUGAGAUGUUGUACUUACUAGCCCCUUAAUUUUACAUAUAUGUCUCUCUUUGUCUCUCACCUUCCAUCACCAUUUUUACCUUCCAAUUGUCUAUACAAAUAUAUAUAUAUAUAUAAUCAGAGUCCCAAACCUUCUCCAUUUCCCUCUGAUCGAUGAUCUCAUUCGGAGCCAUGGAUGAAAACCAAGCACCUCCGCCGACCUCGCCCCACUCUCCUCCGCCUCCCCAACUCCUCCUCCGGGACCUUGAUUUGUUUAGUACUCUUCUCUCCGGCGGCCCAAUUACUGGGCUCGGCGGUGACAUAGAUAAUAUUAAUAUAAAAUCAACAGCAGAAGAAGGUGCUUCUUCUAUGGCAUCAUCAACAAUAAUAUCUGAGGAAAUUGGGUUGAAGGAUGAUAAUAUUGGAGGAGAAGGAUUAAGGAGGGGAUCAUCCAACUCUGGUAGCAGCAGCAGCAGCAGGGUAAGGGUGAGAAAAGCAAGCCCAAGCCAAAGCCGUAGCAGUGGUAGUCGACCUCGCUUCGCCUUCCAGACCAAGAGUGCUGAUGAUGUACUGGAUGAUGGGUACAAAUGGAGGAAGUAUGGACAGAAAGGUGUCAAGAACAGCCUCUAUCCAAGGAGCUACUACCGGUGCACGCAUCACACGUGCGGGGUGAAGAAACAGGUGCAGAGGUUGUCCAAGGACACUAGCAUUGUGGUGACAACGUACGAGGGCAUCCAUAACCAUCCCACCCACACCCUCAUCCAAUCUCUCACCCCUCUUCUCAAUCUCCACCUCAACAUAUGCUCUCCUGCUACCACUACUCCUACUGCUUCCUCUCUACUUAAUUAAUUUCCUUCACUUGCAAUGAACAAGUCUUGCAUGCGUCAAUAACCCAAGACUUGAUGAUCAUGUCUAUAUAUAGGCCUAUAUAUGUGUCGAUCGAUGUAAUAAUAAUUUGAAUCUUCUUUUAGUAAGUUGUUGGCAAAAAUUCAUAGAUCAAACUAAUACACCUUCUUCUUUUCCAAUAAUUAUAU